AUAUUGUGAGUUUUCUAAUAUCCCCAAAGCAAAAAAUUACCAAAUUAACGUCAAGAAGGCAUUCCUACGUAAAUCUAUUGAUUCGUAGAAACCGAGGAAGAACAAUGUUGAAGUGUUUGAGUUUGAGGUGGGCAUUUGAUUCGAUGGCAUGGAAAGGAUUGGUCUACACAAUUUUUAUACUCAAUUUCGUAUUAAUUUGUCAGCUUUUGCUUCUUCAGCCGCUCGUUUCUGCUUUGGAUGGAAACACAGGAAAAGUGGCUGAGUUAUUUGAGAGAGUUUCACAGAGUAUAAAAGUGAAGCGUUACAGUGAGGCACUCGAUGAUCUUAAUGCUGCUAUUGAGGCAGAUCCAGCACUUUCAGAAGCAUAUUUACGCCGUGCAUCUCUUCUGCGUCAGCUAUGCCGAUAUGAGGAAUCUGAGAAAAGCUACAAAAAGUUUCUGGAACUAAAACCUGGAAAUUCUAUUGCCGAAAAGGAACUGUCCCAGUUGCAACAGGCUCAAAGUGCUUUGGUAACAGCUUUCAGUUUACUUGAAUCUGAGGACUAUACGAAAGCUAUUGAUUAUGUGGAAAAAGUUGUCCUAGUGUUUUCUCCAGCAUGCUCAAAGGCUAAGGUCCUAAAGGUGAAGCUGCUAUUAGCAGCUAAAGAUUAUUCUAGUGUUAUAUCUGAAACUGGGUUCAUUCUCAAGGAAGAUGAGAAUAAUCUUGAGGCCUUACUCCUUCGUGGUCGUGCAUACUACUAUUUAGCAGAUCAUGAUGUUGCCCAAAGGCAUUACCAGAAAGGUCUUCGCCUCGACCCAGAGCACAGUGAACUGAAGAAAGCAUAUUUUGGAUUGAAAAAUUUACUGAAGAAGACUAAAAGUGCCGAAGAUAACGUUAAUAAGGGUAAGCUGCGCCUGGCAGUUGAGGACUAUAAAGCGGCACUUGCAUUGGACCCAAAUCAUCUCGCUCAUAAUGUGCAUCUUCACCUUGGAUUGUGUAAGGUCUUGGUUAAACUCGGAAGAGGGAAGGAUGCUUUAAGUAGUUGCUCUGAGGCACUCAACAUUGAUGGGGAUCUUAUUGAAGCUUUAGUACAGAGGGGUGAGGCGAAGCUUUUAACAGAGGACUGGGAAGGUGCCGUUGAAGACCUAAAAUCAGCAGCUGAAAAAUCUCCUCAGGAUAUGAAUAUCCGUGAAGUGCUUAUGAGGGCUGAGAAAGCUUUGAAGAUAAGCAAACGCAAAGACUGGUACAAAAUUCUGGGUGUUUCAAAGACUGCUUCGGUUGCCGAAAUAAAACGUGCAUAUAAGAAACUUGCUUUGCAAUGGCACCCGGAUAAGAAUGUUGAUAAUAGAGAAGAAGCGGAGGCACAAUUCCGAGAAAUAGCUGCUGCAUAUGAGGUUCUUGGAGAUGAGGAAAAGAGAGCAAGGUAUGACAGAGGAGAAGACAUUGAAGAUAUGGGUAUGGGCGGUGGCGGUUUCAACCCAUUUGGCAGUGGUGGUGGCGGACAGCAUUUCACAUUUACAUUUGAAGGAGGUUUUCCUGGUGGCUUUGGUGGUGGUGACGGUGGCGGUGGUUUCGGGUUCAACUUUUGAUACCUUCACAAAAUGGUUAUAAUAGUGCAUUUUUCGUUUUCGAGCCCUAACACGCAUAUGACUAGAAGACUGACAUCUUUCAAGUAACUUAAACCAUUAAAAUCGGUUUCUUAGAUGAACAAUUUAUCCUCUUCA